UUUUUCGACAAUUGCUUUUAUUUUCUCUAUCGUUUAACAAAAGAAAACAAUCUGACAUUAGAUUUAUCUGUCCAAAGAGCAAAAACCAAAAAAGGAAAAAAGAUAAGAGAUAAACGAAUCAAAAGAAGCAAAAACAUUGAGUCUCUUCGGACAUCAGACUCAAAUUAGGGCAUAAAGCCUUGUCGGAAGAAGCAGCCAUGGGGAGAAGAAAAGUAGAGAUCAAACUAAUUGAGAACAAAAAUAGUAGACAAGUCACUUUCUCUAAACGACGCACUGGUCUCAUCGAGAAAGCUCGACAGCUUUCAGUUCUCUGUGAAUCAUCCGUCGCUGUUCUCGUCGUCUCCGCCUCUGGAAAACUCUACAACUCCUCUUCCGGUGACAACAUGACCAACAUCAUCGAUCGUUAUGGCAUACAACAUGCUUGUGAACUUAGAAGCUUGGAUCUUGCAGAAAAAACUCGGAGUUAUCUUCCACACAAUGAGUUACUCGAAUCAGUCAAAAGCAAUCUUGAAGAAUCAAAUGUCGACAACGCAAGUGUAGAUUCUCUAAUUUCUCUGGAGGACCAGCUCGAAACUGCUCUGUCUGCAACUAGAGCUAGGAAGACAGAACUAACGAUGGAGUUUGUGAAGAUGCUUCAAGAAAAGGAGGAGUUGCUGAGAGAAGAGAAUCUGGUUUUGGCUAGCCAGAUAGGGAAGACGAACGGAGGGAGACAGAACAAUUCACCGGCAAAUAGCUCCGGCAUCAAUCCUCCGGAGACUCUCCCGCUGCUAAAGUAACUAUCACGAUCCAACGGCUGAGUUAACUCAAAGCCUGAUUUAAAGUUAAAAAGCAGAUGUGUAAACUAUAAAAAGCUGCAUAAUCUCAAAACUCAUUUUAUCUUGCUGUAAUGCGGAAGUUUAGGUAAAAAACGGAGCUAUAGUUCUCUUGCUAAAAAAUAAUUAUUAUAAAAUUAAGAUAAAGUAUGGAACUUUGUUGUACCUUCA